AUGUUGCUGUAUUUCUUAUUAGCUGUGGACAUCAGCUUGGCAGUUCCACUGAGCAGAGAUGUAUACAGACUGCCAUCCAGUGCCUUGGAAGAGUUGUCAAACAAGGGUACAAUCAUUUUAGAAGCAGCCUCAAAGAACGCAUUAUUACUGCUGGAUGAGGUGCUCAAGAAACGUGAUCUCCACUGGAAAGAAUGUAACUACUGCCCAACAUGUCUGUUUAAGAACUGUGGCAACAAGACAGCUCAGUGUGUUUUGGGGGCGAUGCCCACGUCGGAGCCCAGCUGUGAUAUCAUUCUGAAAGCACAGUUAUUGGAACCAGAGGCCGAGCGAAACUGGGAGCUGAGUAAAGCAUGCUGGUAUUAUCGAACCUAUUGUCUUGAAGAAAGGAAUCUGAAGGAAAACUGUCUAGAAAAGAUGGAAGAAUACUGUCGUGUGAGAAUACAUCAAUGCACUGGGACAAACGACCUGAAAAGUCAGAAUUCUUGGAUAAUCUCAGAGACAAAACCCGCAUGCGGUCAGAGAGCAGCAGUGCCCAAAGGCACUGUGGCCAUGGGGAAGAUUGUUGGUGGGAACAUAGCUGCUCCUGGAAGCUGGCCUUGGCUGGUGCUGUUAAAACUAAAUGGGAACGUGAUGUGUGGUGGUGUCCUAGUGCAGGAGUCGUGGGUCGUAACAGCAGCACAUUGCUUCACAGGAAACAGAAAUGAAAAUUAUUGGCGAGUGGCCGUUGGUGAAUAUGAUUUGAGAAAACAAGAUCCUGAAGAAAGAAUUUUCCAAAUCAAUCGCAUCAUCAUCCACACCAAGUUUAAUCAAAGAACAUUCAAUAAUGACAUUGCCCUCCUGGAGCUGACAGCACCUGUAGCUAUAUCUGAGCAUUUGAACUUUGUGUGUCUGCCAGAAAGUAUUGAGGAGCUGCCUGCUGGAACAGCCUGUUACAUUGCUGGAUGGGGUUCACUGUAUGAAGACGGGCCAAAUGCAGAUGUACUAAUAGAAGCAAAAGUGCCUUUGCUGGGACAGAACACAUGUAAAUCCGCACUUGGGAAGGAGCUAGUCACCAACCAAAUGUUUUGUGCUGGUUACCUAACGGGCAAUGUUGACUCCUGCCAGGGAGACUCUGGAGGACCAUUGACCUACAUGAAUCCUGUGUCGAAACAGUAUUAUCUGUAUGGAAUUACCUCCUGGGGAGAUGGCUGUGGCCAGCGUGGCAAACCAGGGGUGUACACCAGGGUGCCAAGUUUCAUCAACUGGAUUAACAAUGAAAUGAAAAAAUCGCCUGGAAGUCGAGAGCCAACUUGCUUUGACUUCCACAAGCUCUCAAUGAUGCAGGGGACACAACGAAAGACUGAGAUUUCUCGACUCUGUGCAUUUUAUAGCAGGUUAUGUUCACCACUGCUGGAAGCUUCAGGCUCCGCUCAAUGCAUUGAGGAAAGAUGCAAAAUGAGAAUGAAUAAAUGCGAAAUCACGACAUUUAUACAGAACCUGUUGGACUUGCUUCAGCCGGUCGAAGAGUUUAUCCGCAGUAAAGUCGACUUUUCGUUUUUGACACAGACGAUCCCAAAAUUCGUGGAGGAAAUUUACACAAAUAUAUUCCCUUCAAAAGAGUAUUUGACAAAAGAUGAGAAAGAACAGAUACAAACAACUGCUGUAAAGGGAGAAAGACAUGGGCGGUCUCUGGACUCGCAUUUGGGCAUAAAGGCUUCAGCAGAUAUCAACAACAGAAUUGCAGAAGUGGGAACAAUAGAGGCUGAAACCCUGUUCAAUGAUAUUGGUCCAGAUUUAGACAAUUGGAUCACAUACUUCACUGAGGUGGCCGAGAGCGCUCAACCCGUAACUUUCAAUGCUGAACAACGGGAACCGAAAAGCACAACUCAAGAUGAAAGGCAAAUCUUGUUUCAGAGUUCCAAAAGCCAGCUGGAAUCACUGAAGACACAGCUUCAUACUCUGGUAACAGGCUUGAGGUCCCAGCCUGAGGUACAGCAGCUGCUGGAUCUUAUCCUGAAGUUAUCACAUGAAACAGAACGAUUGUCCUUGGCAUCUUCGGAACACAAUGGAAUGAACACAUCAAAGACUGAUUUGAGGAUAAAGAAAAGAGAUGUUUCUAACAACCUGCCAGACUCUGGAAACUUACUGAAAACAAACGGCUGUCAGAGUGUAAAUGAAUCCCUGCUGAACAUUAGCUUAUUGAUGAAUGAAUAUAAAUGGAUUCUGGAUAUAUCAACAGAGGAAUUGUCAAUGAGCUUUAAAGAGGUGCUGGUGGACACAUCUUCCAAAAAUGAGAAAGGACUAUACAAGGCACGUGUAAAAGCUCUGGUUGGAGGUCACUCUGUGACAUUUAACAGUCUGGUUGGACUGGAGAAUGAUUCCUUUUACAGGAGCAUGGCACAGAUUAUUGCCCUAGCUCUAAAUACUUUAAAAACAUAGUGAAAGAUGUAUUUGAA